AUGCGUCUGCAAACCGCCGCGGAUGCACUCCGCUGCAAGACCUUCCCCAUGUUUCUGAAGGGGAAGGCCCAGCUCUGGUUCCAGGGCCUAGCACCGGGGUCCAUCCGGAGUUUCGCCGAGCUGGCCAGACAGUUCGCAGCCCAGUUCGUCUCCUCGAAGACUUACUCGAAAAAUGCGACUCAUCUGAUGGCCAUCAAGCAGAAACCGGACGAGUCCCUGAGGAAUUUCAUGACUCUCUUCAACACGGAAAACUUGCAGAUAAGGGACAAGGACGAGAAGGUGGUCAUGGCCGCCUUCAUGAAUGGGCUCAGGGUGGAAGAACUCUUCUACAAGCUCGUCGAGAAGCCCCCCGGGAACCUGGAAGAACUCUUGACCAGGGCGCACGCGGCCGCUAAUACGGAGGAGGCUGGUCGCCUGAUGAGAGAAUCAGACUGGGAUCUCGGAGAUCGGAAAGGACGGGCAAACCCCCCCGAGAACAAGGAUGGCCCGGCCAAGAGGAAUGUUUUCGACCGACUCUCGAAGGACAAAGCCCCUGCUCAACCGCCGCUUCCAGAAAAAGGCUACACCCCCCUAAAUCGGCCUAGGGCCCAGGUUCUGGCCGUCAUGGAGGCGGAGGGCCUAGUAGGGCGGCCACCUAAGAUGGGGACACCCCGGAACAAGAGAAACCAGGACCGCUACUGUGCCUUUCAUCAUGACGUAGGGCACGAUACAGAGGGGUGCUGGGCCCUGCGGAAGGAGAUCGAAGAUCUGAUCCAGCGCGGUUUCCUGGGGCGAUUCGUGCGACAAGGUCGGCCAGGCCAGGAGCCAGGACGUACUUACAGCGGGGAUAGGGCCGAGGGCCAGCGUCGCGACUACCCCGAGCGGCGGGACCUCCCUCGGGACCAUUCCCCCGACCAGGACACCCAGAAUUUGGCAGGGGUAAUAAACACCAUCGCUGGGGACCUCACGGGAGGGGGACAGCCACGCAGCUCGAAAGAACCGGCGACAUCCUCCGGAGGGGGAUGA